AUUCUGUUCAAUUUUGUUUAUCUCUACAUUUUGAAUAGACAUAUGUACAGUUUUAACAUUGAGAAAACCACGAGUGAAUUUCAAAAAUGUUCAAAAAUAUUACAGUGUGUAGAACAAAUUUAGCAGGAUUUGCAAAAGCAACUCAAAGAAAAAAAAGAAUUUAUUGUGGAUUUAAUGGACAAUAUUUAACACAAAUUCCUGAAUAUCCUGUACCUUUAGCAAGUAAAGAUAUCAAUUUUUAUACGAGAUGUUAUUCAAAUCAAGCAAGGAAACCAAAUUUUUUUUCACAAUUCAUCGACAACAUCAAACAAGAAAUGCAAAAGAACAAAGAAAUGAAAGAGUCAUUAAAAAAAUUCCGAGAAGAAGCUGAAAAAUUGGAGCAAUCUGAUGCAUUAAAAUCAGCUAGGCAAAAAUUCCAGUCAGUAGAGUCAGAGGCUACAAAAUCUAGUGAAGUAUUAAAAGAAAAGCUUGAUGUAAUUAAAGGAAAGGUUCAAGAAGUUAUAGAUGAAGCUAGUAAAACAGAAUUGGGUAAAAAAGCUGGACAAUUAGGUGAAGAAAUUACUAGAACAGCAAAAGGUGCAGCUGAAACGAUUUCAGAAAAAAGCCAAGCAAUUGGAAAAAGUAGUGCUUUUCAAACGAUAUCACAAACAGCUCAAGUUGUACGAAAAGAGUUAGACAAUCAUGGUAUUCAAGGACAAGUAUAUGUAGCUCCAAAAAAAUUAAGAAAACGUAAAGAAGUAUUAGAUAGAGAAGAUAAACCAGUUGAAGCAAAUACUGAAGCAACGGGUGUUGAGUUACAUAAAGAUUCCAAGUUCUAUCAAUCUUGGCAGAAUUUUAAGGAAAAUAAUGCGUAUGUGAAUAAAGUAUUAGAUUGGAAGAUGAAAUAUGAUGAAUCAGACAAUCCAGUAAUAAGGGCAUCGAGAUUACUUACAGACAAAGUAACAGAUAUAAUGGGUGGUUUAUUCCAAAAAAACGAAUUAUCUGAAACAUUAACUGAAAUAUGUAAAUUGGAUCCAAGCUUUGACAAGAAUAAAUUUUUAAGAGAUUGUGAAACAGAUAUUAUACCGAAUAUAUUGGAGGCAAUGAUACGAGGUGAUCUAGAGAUAUUGAAAGAUUGGUGUCAUGAAGCUCCAUAUAAUAUUAUUGCUCAACCUUUUACUCAAGCUCACAAACUUGGUUAUAGAAUGGACAAUAAAAUUCUAGAUAUCGACAAUGUCGACUUAGUGAUGGGAAAAAUGAUGGAACAAGGACCCGUACUUGUAAUAAGUUUUCAAUCUCAACAAAUAAUGUGUUUAAGAGACUCAAAAAAUAAAGUAGUGGAAGGUGAUCCAGAAAAAGUGAUGCGAGUGAAUUAUAUAUGGGUUUUAUGUCGUGACCCUAGUGAAUUAAAUCCAAAAUCUGCCUGGCGAUUACUUGAACUUAGUGCUAACAGCAGUGAACAGUUUGUUUAAUGCAUUUAUCCAAUGCAUUGACCUAUAAAAAAUAUAUAUAUUUAUAAUAAUUAAAUUAUAAUUAAAAUUUGAAUGAAUAUACAGAAUUUAGAAUAUGUAUAUAAAUUAUUUAACGUAAUAUGUUUUUG